AUGCUCAGCGCAGCAGAAGAAACUCUGGCUGACCUGUUUAUUAUUGCAGCUCAUGGUGGUUUGCCGGUCCCUGCCAAAAACUGUUGCGAUACAACAAACUUUCCUCCAAAGAAGUUUGAAGAAGCUCAAUAUUCACUGAGAAAAGUGGCGCAACAGGCAAUGUUUGACAGUGGUGAAGAGAUUGUAGAGAACACAUUUUCACAGGAUGACAGCAAUUAUAGGUUGGACAGUCUUGAGAAGCACGGCAUUGACAGUAAUGAACUAUUGGUAGAUGAAAAUGAGGAGCCUCCGAGAGGAUGGAGAAAAUACAUUUGCUGUAUCAGCCCCCCAAAAAGUCAGCAAAAGAAAGAAAAGACCGGCUUUCUCUCACGACUGCGCCAUAUGUUCAAAUGUUGCUGAGUCCACCCAUCACGAAAUGAAAUGUUUAAAUCUGUCGAGUUAAUUAAGCAAUGAUUCAUACACCUAGUUUAUGAAAAAUGCAACUUUCUAUGAUGUAAUUGACAAUAAAA